AUGUGUGUGUUUCAGGGCUCAGUGGACUCUCUGAAAAUGGCUCUGGGUGGCUCCAUAGCCAAAGCAGGAAUCUUGACCGAUUGUCCAUUUCAGGGUGAUACAUAUUUUCAGAAUUCAGCUGGUGCCGAUGUCAAUGGCAUUCUGGGUGACCAUACCAAGGCUUUGAUUGGCCAGCUGAUCAUCUUCAACCAGAUCCUGGGUGAACUCCGAGAGGACAUCAGGGAACAGGUGAAGGAGAUGUCUCUGAUUAGGAACACCAUUCUGGAGUGCCAAGCGUGUGGCUUCCACGAGCCUCACUCUCGCUGCGAGCCCAACCUCUGCUAUAAGGGUGUUCCCUGUACAGAGACCCGGGAGUACCCAGGCUAUCGUUGUGGUGCCUGCCCAGAAGGCAUGACGGGGAAUGGCACCCACUGCCAGGACAUUGACGAGUGUGCCGUAGCCCGGCCCUGUUUCUCGCCCGAGGGGUGCGUAAACACGGCCAAGGGCUUCACCUGUGAACCCUGUCCCGUCGGCUUCUCAGGAUCUCUCCUCAGUGGGGUUGGGGUGGAGUUUGCCAAGAGCCACAAGCAGGAGUGCACAGAUGUGGAUGAGUGUGCUGACCUCUCCAACACCUGCGUCCCCAACUCUGUCUGCAUCAACACAGAGGGCUCGUUCAGGUGUGGUCUGUGUAAGGAGAGCUUUGUGGGCAACCAGACGGUGGGCUGUUUCCUGCGGAGGUCCUGUGCCACGCUGGGCUUCAACCCCUGUGACGUCAACGGCCACUGUGUCAUAAAGGGUGCUGCCGAGGUCUCCUGCAAGUGUAAUGUGGGCUGGGCAGGAAAUGGGUAUACGUGUGGUCCAGACACAGACAGCGACGGCUACCCCGACCAGCCUCUCCCCUGCAUAGACAAUGACUAUCACUGUCGAGCUGACAAUUGUGUGAACACACCCAACUCUGGCCAGGAAGACGCAGACGGAGAUGGUAUAGGUGACCAGUGUGAUGAAGAUGCGGACGGAGAUGGAAUCCAGAACGUGGAGGACAACUGCCGUCUGGUCCCCAACAAGGACCAACAGAACUCUGAUACAGACUCAUAUGGGGACGCGUGUGACAACUGCCCCAAUGUUCCCAAUGGCAGCCAGAAGGACACCGACGGAAACGGGGCUGGCGACACCUGUGACAAUGACAUUGAUGGGGAUGGUAUCCCAAACGUGCUGGACAACUGUCCCAAGAUGCCCAACCCUAUGCAGACGGACCGUGACGGGGAUGGAGUGGGAGACGCAUGUGACAGCUGCCCAGAAGUCAAUGACCCUUGCAGGUCAGAGUCUGACAUGGACAAUGACCUGGUGGGAGAUGUGUGUGACACCAACCAGGAUAUGGAUGGGGACGGCCACCAGGACUCCAGGGACAACUGUCCAGACGUCCCUAACAGCUCUCAGCUGGACUCAGACAACGACGGCAUCGGCGACGAAUGCGACGAUGACGACGACAACGAUGGCAUUCCAGAUGCUGGACCUCCCGGGCCGGAUAACUGCCGGCUCAUCCCCAACCCCAGCCAGACAGACACUGACAGUAAUGGCGUUGGUGACAUGUGCGAGAAUGACUUUGACAAUGACUCAGUGAUAGACUUGAUUGACGUGUGUCCAGAGAGCGCUGAGGUCACAAUGACCGACUUCAGAGCCUAUCAGACGGUCAUCCUGGACCAGGAGGGCGAAGCCCAAAUCGACCCCAACUGGAUAGUGCUCAAUCGGGGUAUGGAAAUUGUUCAAACCAUGAACAGUGACCCUGGUUUGGCCAUAGGCAUCACAGCCUUUAACGGGGUAGACUUUGAGGGGACGUUCCACAUCAACACGGCCACGGACGAUGACUAUGUGGGCUUCAUCUUCAGCUACCAGGACUCGUCCAGCUUCUACGUGGUCAUGUGGAAACAGAUGGAGCAGACCUACUGGCAGUCGCUGCCUUUUAGGGCCAUGGCCCAGCCAGGCCUGCAACUGAAGGCAGUUAAGUCACGUACGGGUCCCGGUGAAUACCUCCGUAAUGCCCUGUGGCACACGGGCGACACCCCGGGUGAGGUCACCCUGCUGUGGAAGGACCCCAGGAAUGUGGGCUGGAGGGACAAGACAUCUUACCGUUGGCACCUCAGCCACCGCCCGCAGGUGGGCUACAUCAGGGUGAGGCUGUAUGAAGGCAUGACAUUGGUGGCAGACUCUGGCGUGGUGGUGGACACCUCAAUGAGGGGCGGGAGGCUGGGCGUCUUCUGCUUCUCCCAGGAGCAAAUCAUCUGGUCCAACCUGGGCUAUCGCUGCAACGAUACUGUACCAGAGGACUAUGAGUUCUACCGCAAGCAGAUGCACAUCAGGGUGUGACUGAGCCUAGCACAGCAUCUGUGCAGAUACACACCAUCACCUGUGCCUUCGCUGUAUCUUGUGUGUGUGUGUAUGGUUGUGUGUGUGUGUGUGUUUUAAGGUACAUUGACUUUAAUGUGGGGCUCUUUCUGUCUUUAGCCCCCACAACGACCUUACAGGUUGGUCAAGUCAAGAGUUUAAGAUUGUUUGACAACAUUAAAGCUUUUAUUAUUAUUAUAUAAAAUGAUGAAUGAAAGCUACUUUUAAGGAAUUAGGAUCGUGAAAUCCUAAGGUACAUGACUGUGUAUAAGGGAAAAUUAAAUACAUAUGUUUGAAAAGUGUCAAAUCCUACUCUUAGACUUAAACUGAGCAUCAUAAAGGUUUCAGACUCACAGUUGACGUCACAUUACACACCACUGAAUCCACUGUUAAAUUGUACAAUAUUUGUCAUGAUGAAGUUUAUAAGGAAUUUUAUAAUUGUUAUUUUUAUGAGGAUCAUCGAGACAGACCUAUGUGGAAGCCUGUGAGAAACCAAUUGCAUGAUAAUAAACAUCCAAAUAUAUAUA